CUUCGCGCGUCAAAUCUCUUUACGCUACUGGUGAAAGAUGGAUCAAAAUGGCGUCUUCCAUGUUUACAAAGGGCUAAGGGCUAAGGACAAACAGUUUGGAUAGUUCUGGCAAGCUUUGGGGACUCAAAGCUUUCGUAAUGACGCGAAGGAAUGCUAUGUAAAUUUUUAUUGUAAUCAAAGUACCGGAACGGCUGAUUUGCAUAACCAAACUGUGUCAAUGAUCGAAGGAAGCUGCCAAAGUUUUGGUCAAAUAGUGCGAAGUUGAAGAACAAAAAACUCAUUGAACGGCAAAUAGGAAAACACAUUGGGGUUGAAAUUCACUGGGGAGUUCUACCUUAGGAGGUAGCUUUGGUCUUGUGCACCGAAAGCUGUUUUUUUUCGUCGAGAUCUAGGUCACUGGUCGUUCGUUGUUGCUUGGUUUCGGCGUCCUUGCGAAACCUUAUCUUCGUUGUUUUUGUUACUGUAAAAUCUCCACUGUCAUCCAUGCUAUCUACACCAAGAACAAAAACUAUGGCGAAUUAAGAGAGUUUUAUAUCACAAAAGUUGUCUUAAGCGAUUUAUGUGAGCUGAGUUUCAAGCGGGGAGAUAGACGCGAGACGGGCGUCGAAAUGUCAUUUCGCGGCUAACACGAAGGCACAAGACCGAUAAACUACUAAAGGAAUUAGUAACUUUGUAAGGCUAACACAAAACCGUCAUAAUCCGGGAUCGGAAAGCUACAACAGUUAAUAGUUUUAGAGCUAUUUGGAUUUAAAUAUACGGACGAUGUUGAGAAAUAACGAAAGAUGGCCCGAAGCGUUUGGCUUCAAAAUUGGAGGCAAAGCUCCGGUUGUCAUUAUUUCUGUACAAGAUAACUCGAUCGCUGAGCGGGCUGGCUUGCAAGCAGGUGAUCAAAUACUUGAACUAAACGGAGAAAAUGUUCAAGCUUUAACCAAAGACCAGAUCGUUCUCUUAGCGAGGCGAUCGACCCGUGUUCCCCCCGCGCUGGCGGUCAUAUCUCGGAUUCGAACGUUUGAUCUACGGCGAAGAAGGGGACGGUUCGGUUUUACCGUUCGCGGUAGUGGACCUGUGUUUGUUAAUGAUGUGGAACCAAGAAGCCCUGCUUUUACUGUGGGAAUGAGGACCGGAGAUCUUGUUCUUAAAGUUAAUGGGGUUAGCGUGAGACACGCAAAUGCCGAACAAGUCCAGCAAGUCGUGGAGGCAUGCGGACCAAUAGUUUCUGUUGUGCUAAUUGCUGGCGCACAAUCUAUCGGAGAAAUGGAUAAGAAAGGGAAAUCUGGAACCUCUUCUGCUAAAUAUCGGAGAGCUCGAGACUUCUAUCUCCAAAUGAAUUAUUAUCUGCCUGGAGACAGUGUGAAGAAAGGAAGAUUGAUCAAGGCAUUGAACAAGUACGCUCGCGACCGUCACAUAGAGCAUCUGUGUAAGGCGCUGGUUGGGAUUCUACAGACGCACAUUGAGAGGAAACUGCUAAGAGAAAUCAGAUUUUUGAUCCCUAACAAACACAAGCCACAGUUCGAUGUCAUGGUUGGUAUGAACUCAGAACUCAAGAGGCCACACCACCCUGUCAGUGCAAUGCCAUUUGACAGCUUAUCACGCUCAUCAACCACUGAUGAUUUUGACUUUGGUGAAUCUGCCCAAUUCAGGACUUGGUCUUCUGCUAGCAGUUUUCAAAGUCAGUAUAGUAAUCAGAAGGGAGGAAUAAAUGCUGAUCCGCCAAGGAGUGUUCCUAUAAAGAGGGGUGGCCCAGGGGCGGGGUUUGGGUUCACCCUUACUGGUAAUGCCCCGGUGUGUGUGCGAUCGGUGGACAAAGGUAGUCCAGCAGCGCAAGCCAGGCUCAAACCUGGGGAUCACAUUUUGGAAAUCAAUGGACUCAAUGUCAGGAAUAAAACUCAUGCACACGUUGUAGAACUCCUGAAAGGGAGUGGCUCCCAGCCAACGCUCCUGGUACAAUGGCGCCCAAUGAGUGCCCUCAAGAAUCACUCCUCUGCAUCGUCUAUCAGCUCGCGCUCCGUCACCUUCGAUGCCGAGGAUAACAGGCCAGGAUCCGCCCUUUCGAGAUCUUCAACAUUGCGCACUGACCAGCUGGUGUCGAGGCGGCCCAGGGAAGACCCCCAGAUGGUCAAGAUUCUGGCCAGGGAAUUCAAGAUCCAUAUGAAUCGAUUGUUCACAAGCGGAGAGCAGAAGUACAUCAAGCAAUGCCUUAUGGAUUAUCGACGAGACAGGGACGUGGAGAAGCUGUUAGGAUCCAUCGAACCAGUCCUUGACGACCCAGACAAGCUACACAUCCUGCACUACCUGAGCAGCCUUCUUCCCGAGAUCGAACAACUUGCUUUUGACAGGGAGGCAGCACGUGUCUUCUCGCGGCGAGCAGAGAAUGGCCCGUUGCCGAGUGUGAAUACCAAUGAUGCUGACGUCAUCGAUGUGCUGUACCGAGUGCAGGGCAUGAAACUGACAGACGUGCCUCGCGAGAGAAACCUUAUUGGUGGCUCAGCCUUGUCGAACUACCCGGAUGAAGAGUGGCCGACACAGGGUGCCCGCUCCCGAUGGAACAAUAACUCAUCUGGUGCGGAUCUGGACAUGGUACCUGUACGGGAUAAUUCCAGGAACGGGGUGAUGAUGAAUGGUGGUGAUCAUGACGGGGACGAUGACGAAGAGCUGGAUUUGGGUCUAGAGGAACUCGCUGACGCAUUACUAGAAGAGGACCGUAAAAAGGCCGCUGCCCAGAUGCAAACGCAGGCCCAAGUUCACAGCUCCGGCCCCAGGCGAGCGCGACCAGGAUCGACUGGGGAGCCUGGUAUUACGGCCACAACGUCUGAAGAUUCUCGAGAAGCGCCAGAAGGCGGUUUCGAAAGUAUAUCUGGGAGUCCUGGGGGGAGUUCCACAGAGGCUGGUACUGGGCCCUCUCGUGAAGAGCUAGAGCGAGACCUUGAGUCGCGCAAGAAAGAAGUGAAUCAGUACAAGAAGAUCAUCAACGAACAGCAGCAGGAGCUCGCCAAGAGUCGCCCGCUAGAUGGUGAAGAUUCUGGGAGCCAGCCAAGCAAACCGAGCUUCAGUAAUGAUCUGGCGUCCGCCGUGAAAGCGAGAAACAAGGAUGACGAGGACGAAAAAGCCUCGAAGAGCGAGGCAGCAAAGCCUCCACCACCUCCCCCUCCGGGAGGGGCAGGACCUCCGCCACCGCCACCCCCUCCCCCUCCAGGGCUUCCUGCCCCACCACCACCCCCAGGGUUACCAGGUGUGGAUGGCCCGGAUGGAGGUCGCAUGCAACUGAAGCGAGUGAACUGGGAAAAGCUGAGCGGAGUUGGCCUGGAGAACACUGUCUGGGCACAGCUCGGUCGAAACGAACGCCUCGAUAACGUGAUUGAGUUUAUGGAGCUUGAUCAGAACUUUAGCACUAUACAACAAACCAAAGAAAAAGAGCCGAAGAAACCCGAGAAGCCUCAAGUCCUUGGACCUAAAAAGGCUUACAACAUCUCGAUAUUGCUGGGUCAUCUCAAGAAGUCGGCGGAGGAGAUCAAGGAGGCGAUUAUGCAGAUGGAUGAUAGCAAGUUGAACGAGGCGCAUUUGAGACAGCUACUGAUGUACGCACCGGACAGCACGGAGUUGCUGAAGUACAAAUACUUUGCUGACGACGUGUCGAAGAUGGAUGUUGCUGACAUAUUUUCAUUUGAGAUGAGCAAAGUACCUUACUAUAACCAGCGCCUUAAAGCCAUGUUGUUCAGAGCUCAGUUUGACGACAAGUGUGACGAGGUGAAACCCGACCUGGAAGCCGUCAUCGACGCCGCUGCCGAGCUCAGGACGAGCGACAAGCUUCAAAGGGUUCUAGAGCUUGUGCUGAUGACCGGUAAUUACAUGAACAAGGGAAACACUCGUAUCGCGGGCGCACAAGCAUUCAAGAUCAGCUAUCUCACCAAGCUGAAUACUACGAAAACGACAGAUAAUAAAUCCACUCUGCUGAACUUCUUGGUACAAAAGAUUGAGGAAAGAUGCCCUGAGCUUCUUGAUGUCAAAGAUGACCUUAGGACAGUUCCUAUUGCUGCAAAAGUUUCUGGCCAGCUUUUGGCGACGGAAGUACAGGAUCUUAGUCGUCGAAUGAAGGGAAUCAAAGACGAUUUGAUAUCAUUCCAGGCUUUGGCUUCACAGAAGGAGGAGGACCGCUUCACCGAAGUUGUUAUUAACAUCAUCGAGGAGACUGAGGGUAAACUGGAGGAGCUGCUUGACCUGCAGAAGAAGAUGAACGAAGACUUCAGAGACGUCGUCAAGUUCUUCGGCGAGAAGGAUUCCAAGAUGACUACCGAGGAAUUCUUUGGCAUCUUCGCUGCUUUCUUGGUUCAUUUCAAUAUGGCUGUUAAUCAUAACAUCACGAAGAAAAAGCUACAAGAAGAGCAGGCAAAGCGCGAGGAGAGAAACAAGUUAUUCAAGGAGCUAAAGCAACGGAAGAUAAGCGUCGACGAAGAAGUGGAACAAGCGAAAGACGAGUUAAUGAAGUCCCUAGAUGCCAGACGACCAAAGUCAAACGACCAAGCGACGACCAUUUCGCCGACCACUGCGAUCACGUCAGAAAACCAGGCGAACGGGCUUUCUAAUCAACCAUCGAGAUAUGAUCAAGGCCAACUCUCCACAAGAAUAGUAGUAUCAAAAUCACCAAGGGAAGAGCUAGUCUGCAAAGACUCAAGUCAAGCACUAAGCCAAUCACCGUCACUGAAACCCAUAAAACCGGUCAAUCCGGUCAAACCAGAAAGUUCUAAACCGGAAGUUCCAGUCUCACCGAGAGAGUUUUUCGCGCGAAAGGAGUCGAACCAAAGCACAACGCUGCCACGUUCACCGCCCAAGCCUGUUAAUCGGGCUGUUGAUAGUCAGAAGUCAGAAGUCCCUGUCUCGCCUAGGGAAUUCUUCGCAAGGCAAGAUUCGGCCCAACGAAUCGGUCAGUCAUCUUCGCCUCCUAAACCUGUCAAACCGUCAACUAAACCGGUUGUACCUGUAAAACCUGUCAAACCUCCUUCGCCAAUCAAGCCUAAACCCCCAAUUCCUAGUUCUAAACCCGCGAGAAGAGGAAGUGGUUCCAAUAAUAAUAGCGAUGACGCUGGCGUGGGGAUAUACUCCGAGGCUUCUCCCACAAGGAAUAAUGAGAUCAAUUACCAGAGACAAAAAGAAACUAAUCCUGAUAUUCCGCUUAGUAUCGGAGGUGCCUCUAUAGACACCAGUCCGCAGAAUUUCAAGAACAACAAGUCUGCAUUCCAGUCUGGGACAAGCAGUGGAAAGCCUCCGUAUGUCUACGCAAAACCGGACAUGUCCAAGAAAACGCCGAAACCGGUUAAACCAGCCUUGAAAGAGAAGGCAGAGCCCUCUCCCCCUCCUCCUCCUAGGUUGUACGAAGACGAACCAACAUCGCCUAAUGUAGAUCCAGGGCCUCCUACAUUUAAACCACCCGAUCCUCCUACUGCAGCAAAGACUUUGCCUUCAUCGAUCAAGUCUUCGACGCAGCCGAUCAAGUCUUCGACGCAGUCGUCUAAACGAAGUCAAUCUGAAUAUCAGGAUACUGGACCUCCGAAUUUCAAACCUCCCCCUCCCCCAGGGUCUCACAAACACGGCUCCCUACCCCUCCCACUCGAAGAUCCACUAAUCAAAGGCCGUUUCACCCCACCGCCGGAAUUCCAAUCAGACGGUAACACUAUGGGAUAUACUGAGGUUUUUCCCAAAGUUUCUCCAAAGAGUAAUGAUCACAGUGGUCAACAUAGCGAGGUCGUGCCACAUCCGAUGAUUACACCGUAUUCUAGUGUCGAUGUGGCGAGCUCGACGCCUCCGCCGGCCAACUUUGAUAACGAUUACGAAGAAGUCGUGGUUAGAAAAAAGCCUACGAAGCCAACACCGUAUAAACCGACCGAAAGCAAAGCUGAGGAGUUCGUCGUGCCUCCUUUAUUCUCGCGUGGUUUUAGCGAAGACGUUCAAAGUCCGGAUGAGGAUUCAUCCUACGAGGUGACGUCACCACGAUUCCCGCAAACUCCGCUGUCACCCAAGCUUGCCUCAGCGCAGAUUCUGACAAACGAUGACGACAGUUCGAUCAAGAGAAGUUACAGACCGCCUACCCCUCCUGCCAGGUAUAGAGCGCGGGAUGAUACUCCUGAGCAACAACCGCCUCCGCCACCGAGGACGACCUCCGUUCGGGACGACACGGACAUUGAUAAGAUCAUAUCUAAAGCCUUGUCUAAGGAACUAAAGCCCGACCUUGAUGAUAUCCCUGUGCGUGAUAUUCACCCAACGGUGAAUAACAAGCCAUAUUCACCCGUCAAACCGCCAUUGCCUGUCAAGCCGGAUGUGAGUAGCACCAAGCGAUCGCAACCAAAGAUUGGGUCAUCCGCACUGCUUCCUAAGGCGUUCGGGGUCCCACGUGAUAGGUCACCGUCCAAUGAGAAGCCGAGCUAUGGCCCCACCAAUGGUUGGUCGUAUACUAGCGGCAAACCUACGCAGGAACGUCGAGAUUCGCUCGAAGGAAUAGAAAUCGUUCCACCCCCUCCCCCUAGUGACGUUAUCGAAACCCGUGUAGGGGAUCUACGGGAUGAGUUGCGACCUAUCAAUCUCCCCUCUGCUAGUAAUCCAAGCCCUGUCCCCCCUCCCCCACCGUCCGUGCCGCCGCCAUCAUUACCACUAGAUGGAAUGGACUUCCACGGAAUGGACUCGGCGGAAAUACAGAAAGGUCUCGUGAAUGGAUUCGAAUUGAGUUCUUAUGGAUCUGACGAGGACGAUUUUACGCCUCCACCCCCCUUGCCACCAGGUGAUGGAUAUGAGUUUCAGGGGGUGCCACCUCCUCCUAUGGAGUUCGUAGAGGAGAGAAUGAAACCUCUUGUUCCUCCGUUGCGGAAACAGAGAUAGCAACAAGCUUAGACGUGUAUCAAAAUCGAAUAAUAUGAAGCCAAACUGCAGGUGAAAUAGUUCAAGUAAUGCAUAAAUAUAUACCGAUGCUUGGCCAAGAACAUUUCGCUUUUUUUUGCGUUUUUCAGUAUACUGCAAAAUUAGUUUAGAAUUUCAUUCGACAAACUGCAUUACGGCUUCCCCCAAUCAAAAGUCUGGAGGGUUUGUAUUGGCUAAUACUUAAAUGGUUUCCGAAUACACCUCAUCUCAAAAGGCGUUUACCAAUGAAUGCGUUGGAAAUCGAAUAUUGUUGACCGAUGUAAAAGAAAAAAAAAUCGUUUUAGGGAGUUCGCAGAAUACUCAAAAUUGCAGUAAAUGAGGGCUAGAUUAACUUCUAAACCUGCGUUUCACUUAAAGCUGAUUUAGACAUCACGAUUUAGUCGUAGCGACCUGUCUGCGACACUACGACUUUCGUAAUCGAGCAUCAUUUAAACUCGAGUUGUAGAAGUGUCUCAUGUAAAUCGUGCUGUCUGAAUCAGCCUUAACGAAGACAGCGGAGACGUCAGAGCUUACGCGUCUGUGAAAAUCCGCGAGAUAGAGAAGGAAAGAAAGGAACCGUUCGUUUCUUUUUCUCCGCUUUUUCUCCGUCUUCGGAUAUUUGCUUAUUGAAAAUGGCCUUUUAGAAGCCGCUAAGAACUGUAAACGGGUUACCCGCUUGUUGCCAAACUAGUAGAGAACUGGGAUUGAAAAUAAUAUUGUGUGAAAAUACUCAACUGUUUUCAAAUUAUCUAAAUUGCAAAAGAAAAUAGAGAUAGAAUUUAGAUAUUUACCCAAAAUGCAUAGAAAAUAUAGAUUACAACAGUAACCAAAUUCCUGCAUUUGACGAUGACGUCUUUAUCUUAGCUGUGUGUCAAGCAUUAAAAAUGACGUUAUAACCAUGCCAAGGAUGACGCUAGGAGUCUUCGUCGAUGACGUCUUUUUUCAGUUCUAUGUCACGUAUUUGCCCAUGAUUUUCUUUUUCUGGCGUCGGUUGUAAUAUAGUAAUCACUAAAUGGUAGAUUUGGUUUAAUGUGUUGUAAGAUAUUGCUAGAUAAGGUAGCAGCAAUUUUUAGGAGAAUAUUAUGCAGUGUGAAUAGUUUAAUUAUGGCUAGUAUGAAUAAUAAUAAUAUCGCCACCUAAAGCAAGAAUAGUGUGAAAAAAGUAUGGAAUUAAAAAUGUUGUUUUUGUUCUAUACGUAUGAAAACUUGAAAAGUA